AUGUUUCAGGACACGAGCGAGACCGAGUCGACAGGCGGGGCUGUAGGAGGUAGCGAAGGCCCCCCGAACAACGGGCCUUCUCUCCCCCCCGGGCUAAGUCCUGCUGUUGCUGCGGCCGCUGCAGCCGCAGGGGGCGUGGGCGCCCACUCCCUCCUUCAGCAGACCAUGUGCCAGUUGCUGCGGCCUUCGUCCCCUCGCGGAGAUGCGCCCUCCUCGCCGCCCCCGCUGGGACACCCGUCAGAGCCUCCUCGCUCUUUACACUGGGGCGCCCAGGACCUCCGACCUGACCUGGAUCGCCAAGAUGCCCACUCCCCGCCCUCGAUUGACCCCACAAAGACGAGCAGCGAUAAGGGCGAUAGUUUGUCUGGAACCUCAGGAUUUCCGCCCAAAUCGCCGCCAUCCAUGGGUCAGUUCAACAUGCCUGCAGAACUGUUCCAGGUAAGUCUCAAAAUUCGCUUUCCGACCCUCGUAUUCCACAUGCUCUAA